UUUUUUUUUUAAAUAUGACUAGAUAGGCAGCCCAUAAUGCAAUGCGGCGCGCGAAGCUCGAGGGGACUAAACGGCUCGAGACCGUCCGUUGGUCGUGUCGGACAGAAAAUGAGCAAAAAAGACUCUGGAUGUGCUGACAUUAUCCUCGCGUACUUGAAUGAGAAAAACCGACCCUACAGCGCACAGGAUGUGUUUGGUAACCUCCAGAAAGAACACGGCUUUGGCAAAACGGCAGUGGUGAAGGCCCUGGAGUAUCUGGCCCAGGAGGGCAAGAUCAAAGAAAAGGUCUACGGCAAGCAGAAGAUCUACUUUGCAGAUCAGUCUCAGUUCCCUGAUGUGAGUGACUCUGAUCUGAGGGACAUGGACAGCCGCAUAGCCGAUCUCAGUGGCCAGGUGCAGUCGGCCUCCCACAGCUGCCGACAGCUGGACGCAGAGCUGAAGGAGCUUUUGAGCUCACUGACCACAGCAGAGAUGAUGUCAAAGAUCCAGGAGCUGAAGGCAGAGUGUGACAGAUACAGAGAACGACUGCUGAAGAUCAAAUCUGCUGCCAAUCAUGUCACCCCUGAAGAGAGGGAGAAGGUGUACAAGCAGAGAAGCCUGUAUGUGAAAGAGUGGAAGAAGCGGAAGAGACUGGCCACUGAUAUGAUGGGAGCAGUCCUGGAGGGUUACCCCAAGAGCAAAAAGCAGUUUCUGGAGGAGGUUGGAGUUGAGACAGACGAGGACCAUAAAGUAACUGUUCCCAACAUCUGACACCUUGGAACGCCUGCCUUUUUUAACUGAGUUAACAUGGCCACUGGUUGCCAGGACACUUGCAUGGCAGCAGAAGGUGCCUGGGACAGUGGAAUGCAGGGGCAGGCACUGCUGCCCAGGCACCACCAGACCACCACAUGAUGAGCCUCUAGCAGUUAUUUACAAAUAUAACAUGUUGGGAAUGAAGAAAUUGCACAGCACUGUAAAUAAAAGUUUAAAAUGCAA